ACUAUUAUAUCUAUAUUCAGUGCACACGAGUCCGCACAACCCUACGGUCACGUCUGGCGAUGAUUUGUCCGCUCCGACGGGUUUACUGAUGGAUCGCAAUAAUAAAGAUAAUAUGAAUGGCGGCACUAGUAAUAGGGCGUCCAGAGCUCAGAAGACACCCAACAAUAGCAACGAUAGAGAGAUGAGUGACCACAACAAUCAAGCAAUUAAGUCAUGAUCAAACGAUUCCUUCAAUAAUAUCUUUGCUCAUCAUUUGGUCGAUUAUAACGAAUACAAUGUUUAACAUUUAAAACAUUGCUUAUUAAACAACAUUUCAGCC